UAUUAGAAGACGAGUUUCGCGUUGAGAGAAGAAUGCGCGCGGUACUUCAACGAGUUCUAAACGCUAGCGUUACAAGGCUUUGCGUCCUUCUUGGCAUUGCAGCUGACGACACUGAAGAAGAUUUAGAGUAUAUUAUAAAAAAAAUUCUUAAUGUUCGAGUGUUUGAAGAUGAAACUGGAAAAAAGAUGUGGGCAAGAAGUGUUAAAGACAUGGGAUUAGAAAUUUUAUGUGGGAACAAGCCUGAUUUUCAUCGUUCUAUGAAAACGGAAUUUUCGAAGGAAAUGUAUGCAAAUUUUAUAAAUAGAAUAAAACAGGAAUAUUUUGAAGAUAGAAUUAAAGAUGGAGUUUUUGGAGCUAUGAUGAAUGUUUCUCUUGUAAAUGAGGGACCAGUUACAUUAGAACUGGAUUCGCGUAAAUUUAUCUACAGUGAAAAAAAUGCGUCUUCAUCAAAGUCUAAAAGUGAAAAUAUUAA